AUGUCUACAGUAUACGUUGUUUCCGGUGGUAAUAGAGGCAUUGGCCUUGCUGUCGUUAAGAAGCUCUCUUCUUCCUCCAAUAACGUUGUCAUUGCAUCUGCUCGUAAUGUUGAGCAAGCAACUGAACUUCAAGAGUGGAUCAAGACUCACAACAACGUUCAUCUCUUCAAGUACGAUGCCACUGUCGAAAGCGAUGCUGCUACUUUCGCCAAUGAAGUCUCGAAAGUCGCUGAUGGUGUUGAUGUUUUGAUUGCCAACGCUGGUGCUGGUGAGACUUUGGGUACUGUGAUUGAUACUCCUGUGGCUAAUUGGACCAGCCUUUACAAAAUUAAUGUUCUUGGCCCAAUUCUUCUGUUCAAUGCUUUCUAUCCUUUGUUGCUCAAGCGCUCUACUCGUAAGGUUCUCUUUACCAGCAGUACUCUUGGAUCCAAGGGAGACUACCUUGAGACUGUCAGCAGCAACGCUUAUGGUCAAUCAAAGGCUGCACUUAACUACACUGCUAAGGAGCUUAGUGUUGAACUCGCUGAGCAGAAUUUCAUUGUCGUUCCCUUCCACCCUGGUUUGGUCAGCAGCGAGUUGGGUAAUGGUUUGGUUGAAACCAUUAGAAAGGUUAACCCCGGUGUUGCUGACCAUCUCGUUAAGAAUGUUCUUAUCACUCCCGACCAAAGUGCCGAAGCUAUUGUUAAGCUUGCUGAGGGUUUGACCAAGGAGGACAACGGUAAGUUCUACAACUUUGACAAGACCACUAUUGCCUGGUAA